AUGACUUUGGUCCCCACAGCCAAGUGGAACAUGAGCACAAGCAGCAGGUGGAAUGUGAGCCUUGCUGAAGGCAAUCCCUGGGGACAGGCUCUGGAAGCACCACCUGCAAAUGCUUCUGCCCCUGUAGCCUCCUCAGCAGGCAACUUCUCCAAUCAGUUCGUGCAGCCUUCUUGGCGCAUUGCCCUGUGGUCUCUGGCUUACGGCAGCGUGGUGGCAGUGGCUGUUUUUGGGAAUCUUAUUGUCAUCUGGAUUAUCCUGGCUCACAAGCGUAUGAGGACAGUGACAAAUUACUUCCUGGUGAAUCUGGCCUUCUCUGAUGCCUCCAUGGCUGCUUUCAAUACUCUCAUCAACUUCAUCUACGCGCUGCACAGCGAGUGGUACUUUGGAGAGGCUUACUGCCGCUUCCACAACUUCUUCCCAAUCACAGCUGUCUUUGCCAGCAUCUACUCCAUGACAGCCAUCGCUGUGGACAGAUAUAUGGCCAUUAUUGAUCCCUUGAAACCUAGGCUCUCUGCAACUGCUACCAAGGUGGUCAUUGGGAGCAUAUGGAUUUUGGCAUUCCUGUUGGCCUUUCCCCAGUGCCUAUACUCCAUAACCAAGGUGAUGCCUGGGAGAACUCUUUGCUAUGUAGCAUGGCCAGGUGGUCCAAAACAGCAUUUUACGUAUCAUGUUAUUGUGAUUGUGCUGGUCUACUGCUUCCCGCUGCUUGUCAUGGGCAUCACUUAUUCCAUGGUGGGAAUUACCCUCUGGGGAGGAGAAAUACCAGGCGACACAUCCAACAAAUAUCAUGAGCAGCUCAAAGCUAAGAGAAAGGUGGUAAAAAUGAUGAUUGUGGUUGUGCUGACAUUUGCUGUCUGCUGGCUGCCUUACCACAUUUACUUCAUAGUCACUGGGAUCUAUCAACAAUUAAACCGGUGGAAAUACAUUCAGCAAAUCUAUUUAGCCAGCUUUUGGCUUGCCAUGAGCUCUACAAUGUACAAUCCCAUUAUCUACUGCUGUCUUAAUAAGAGGUUCCGAGCUGGCUUCAAGCGAGCUUUCCGCUGGUGCCCCUUCAUUGAGGUGUCCAGCUAUGAUGAGCUGGAGCUCAAGGCAGCCAGGUUCCACCCCACGCGGCAGAGCAGCCUCUAUGCUGUGUCCAGGAUGGACUCCAGCAUGACCGUGGUGUUUGACACCAACGAUGGAGACAGCAUGCACGCCAACCAUAAGAAAAGAGCAGCUCCAAGGGACCUGAACGUCAAUGGUUGCUCACAGAGGAAUUCCAAGACUGUCUCCACGGCCUCAAGCCUCAUCAGCUCACUGCACACAUCAGCAGAUGUUUAUUCCUAA